AUGUUACAAUUGGAACCGCAGAAUCUCCUAAUUCAGGAAGCCUUUGGUGCUGCUUUCUCCGAGGACUACCAGCCUAUCACCUUGGACCGUAUCAUCACGGAUUUUGACUUCACCACCUACCACAUCUCGACGCCCGAGUCCAAAACAAAGAUUUUACUCUCAAUUAACAUCAAGUGCUGGCCGGAUUUGGUAGAACAUGGAGUUUUGGCUCUUCUAGCCGAGAAAUAUGCUGGUUUCCAGAUCCUGGACCAGCCUGAACCCGGUUGGGAUUUCAGUAUCUAUGUCGACCUAGAAACCACCAACUUCGGGUCCGAGGAAGCCAAGAGCGAGGCUAUCGAGAAUUUAUCGCUGCUCAAAAGAAACUGUUUUGCCGCACCAUUUUUGAAGGCGUUUGCACGCUACGAAGAGCUGUCUGCGCAACAGCCACCAGAUCCAAACAACAUCUACGGCGAGGAUUCCACCAACAACUCCAAUGAAAAGGUCUUGCAAAUCCAUUAUCGUGAUGCUGAGAGCAUAUUUGUGAAGCCAUCGAAUGAUAGAGUCACCGUUAUCUUCUCUACGAUUUUCAAGGAUGAGCAGGACAAGGUGUUUUCCAAGGUAUUCCUCCAAGAGUUCAGUGAUGCGCGUAAACGGUCCAUCCAGACUGCGCCACAAGUUAUCAACUCACACAAGGAACCUCCUUUAGAGAUUCGCCAUUUGAUCCGCGAGACAGCAAAUGCCAAAGACACUUCUUACAUCACUUUCGUGUUGUUUCCACGCCAUCUCUCUACUGACGAUGCUAAGUGGAAUACUAUCACACACAUCGAAUUGUUUAGGUCCUAUUUCCAUUACCAUAUCAAGAUCGUGAAGUGUUAUCUGCACCAGAGAAUGCGUUACAGGGUUAGUGGGUUCAUGAAGGUACUGAACAGAGCCAGACGUGAGCACGAUGACGAGGAACUGAAAGCUGAGAGGAAGACCGCCAGUGGCAGACGUUUUGAGGUCAGAUAA